GAUGUUGAGGUACCACGAUGUUGCUGGCGGUCAAUCAAACCCCCGGAACUGAGCCUCUACUUUAGUCCAUCCUCUUCGGGUUUUCCCAUCCAUUACUACGAGUUUUCUAAAAGCUUUUAAGCCGUUCAGGUAUACACCGCCAUAUUUCGCGUGGUCGAGAUAUAGUACACCAUUUUUGCGACACCAUUGUGCAGAUUUAUUAUCAAACUCAAGAGUGUUCCUAGAGUGUUAAUAAACAGUGUCGGUUUAAAAGACAUUGGUGACCGAAAUUAGUUGGAAGGGACAGUGAAACGCAGACGUUCCUGGUAACAUCGACAUUUUGAUGACGAAAGGGACCUGAGGGGCACACGAGGUUAAUUAGUCAAUGGAAGGCUAACAUGUACAAUAAUAUCGAUCCGUGGGAGCCGGGCUACGGCCCGGACAAUCGUCGACACGGUGAUUACGAGUAUCGAGGAGAUUAUCGUACAAGCAGGUCUCCUGAUUAUUCAGACCAUCGUGAACUGGAUCAUCGUGAACGUGAGCACAGGAGCCCAGACUACAGGAAUCAUCGUCGUGAACGAGACAGGGAGCGCGACAGGAGUCGAGAUCGACGUGAUCGUAGCAGAGAGGAGCGUUAUCGGGACAGGGAUGAUCGUUACAGCAGAGCGAGGGAUCGAGAAUCAUCUGAACGUGAUCGUGAUCGUGAAAGAGAUCGAGACAGGGAUCGGGAGAGAGAUAGAGACAGAGAGAGAGAUCGAGAUCGUUCACGGCGUGAUAGAGAUCGUGAGAGGGAUAGGGAUAGACGUAGUAAAAGGGAUGAUCGUGAUCGUGAUCGGGAUGAUGAUCACAGUCGUGAGAGCAUUGACUAUGAUCACGAUCAUGGACGUGGUUAUGGAUCGUCCAUGGAGGGAGUUCACUACAAGUCACAAACACCAAACAACACCAUCAUGAUCCGGGGCCUUGCUCAACACAUUACUGAAAAUGAUGUACGUCAAGACAUCUUAAACUGUGGACUCAUGCCCAAGGACAUAAGGCUGAUACGAAAGAAAGAUACAGGUGCUUCGCGAGGUUUUGCAUUCGUCGAGUUUAACGCGACACAGGAGGCCGCACGUUGGAUGGAGAUGAAACAGGGGAUCCUUAUGCUACAGGAGCAGUAUCGUGCCCUGAUGCAGUACAGCAUCCCAAAAGAUUGUCACAUGGAUAAGCCACCAUCAAAGAAUAGCCAAGAUUGGCAUUGUGUUAAGUGUGGAGCACACAAUUUCAAAAGACGAGAGACGUGCUUCAAGUGUUCAGCAUCCCGUGCAGAGAGUGAAGAAGGUGGUGAAGGUAGUGACGAGAUAAGUCCACAUCCCACAAACACAGUUUUACUCCGUGGUCUUGACGUUCUCACAACUGAAGACUCAGUCCUCCAGGCAAUGAAUAAUUCAUCAGCAAUGCCAAUUCGUAGUAUUAGAAUUGGUCGUGACACAUUGACAAACACAUCGCGAGGUGUUUGUUACCUAGAAAUGGCCAAUGUCGUUGAUGCAAUGUAUCUUCAUACCGAGUUGACCAAGCAGGGACUCACCGUAGACGGUCGAAAAGUCGAAAUUGCUUACUGCAAACUUCAUCAGGUCAACAGCGCGGGACUUUGGAAGUCGAACGAGAAUCAGCCACAGCAGUAUACGUUAGAGGAUGUUGCUCAACUUGCUGAAUAUAGUGCCAAUUUGUAUGCCAAAACACCAGCACAAAAGGCGCAUUACAUGCAAUACUAUACGCAGUACUAUCAGAAUCAAAUAAUUCAGGGGACUGCCAUCACUUUACCAUCAUUGAAUCAAACUGAUAGGGUUAAUGCUGCUGCUGCUGUAGCACAAUCAGCGAUACAGCAGCUCCAGGCAUCAAGAAAAUUAGGAGAUGCUGAGGAGAUGAAAGCUAGGCCAACUCCAACUGCUCCUGCUAGCACUUCAUUGGCCAGUGGACGUGUACCUGCUCAUGCUAAUGAUGGGAAAGUUUACUCUGUACCCGAUGUCAGUACUUACCACUACGACGAGUCAUCUGGAUACUACUAUGAUCCUUCAACCGGCCUGUACUACGACCCGAACUCUCAGUACUACUAUAACAGUCACACCCAGCAGUUCCUCUACUGGGAUGCAGAGUCCCUCUCUUAUCAACCCGCAAAGUCAAAUAUUCCAGCUCCUGGCACCAUGAAUCACGUCUCCACUUGUUCCACGACUACAGAUGUCUCAAACACGAUGGUUAACAAUAUUGUAAACAUAAAUACUCAGGAGUCAAAAGACGAUGACAAAAAGAAAGAGACAAAGCAGGACAAAGUUAAAGUAGCUAAAAAAAUCGCUAAGGACAUGGAGCGUUGGGCAAAGACACUGAACCAGAAGAAGGAGAAUGCCAAGAGCAAUUGGUCUGCUGAGUACUCAGUGGGUGAGUCCUACCAAGGAGGGAGUGGUGCAGCUGAUGCUGGUUAUGCUAUUCUUGAGAAAAAAUCAAUUGUUAAUUCUUAUCAUGAAGAGGAGGAUACUGCUGGUAAUGGCUUAGUAGCCGCAUAUGGGGGAGGUAGUGAUACGGAAGAGGAGAUUGAAGAUGUUGGACAAGAGGAAAGACAGCACACUGAUUGGGCUAAACUUGCUUGUCUUCUUUGUAAACGUCAAUUUCCUAGUAAAGAAGGACUUGUUCGUCAUCAACAGCUGUCGGAUCUUCACAAGCAGAAUCUCGAAAGUUGGUACCAAGUCAGGGGAUUGGAUCCCAAUGAUCCUCAACAGAGAAAUAAUAAAUAUCGAGAUAGGGCUAAGGAGAGAAGAGCCAAGUAUGGGGAGCCAGAGCCAGCUCAACCGAAUAAACUCAAAGAGAAAUAUCUUAAGACUAGAGUUGAUGAGGCACCAGUUAAUUAUGAAGAGCCCACUAAAGUUGGAAUUGGCUCUGAUAAUGUUGGAAAUAAAUUAUUGCAAAAGAUGGGUUGGAGCGAGGGGAUGGGAUUAGGAAAAACGAAUCAGGGGAGGACCAGCAUCAUCGAAGCUGAGAGAAGAGUUCCCACAGCUGGACUUGGGGCUAAGUCGUCAUCUUACAGUGCUAUGCCUGGUGAUACUUACAAAGACUGUGUCAAGAAGAUGACGUAUGCGAGAUAUCAGGAAUUAUCUGAUUCGUAAUUACAUAUGUGGGUAUGAAAAAUAUGGAGGAUUGGAGAAUAUGCUGUGUGAAUUAGUGAAACGUAAUAGAAUGAACUGUUGCGAAUUUAUUAAUUGUAAAAUUAUCUCCAAGAUUAUCCUAAUGAUCGAUGGGUUAUCAUAAUUUUAUUUUUUCCUUUGUGAAUCGCAUUUUCAUGCAAUUAUUCGUACCCGGGGGUCGAAGCCGCGAGGAGAGCGAAAGAAAUUAUUAUUAAGUAUUUUGUAUAACAGAAAUAGUAAAGACAAAAAGGUCUCGUGUGUGUAUGAGAUACAUCAAUUAUGACACUGAGGAAAUCUAUAAAGAAUUUUGAAUAAAUUCAGUUCUAUGAUGUAAAAUAAAACGAUAAUUUUGUUAGGAUAUCCAUCUAUUAUCAUGUACAUAGACGCAAGCAUCACCGCUUUCAAUAUUAGAAGUGCAAAAUUAUGAUUCAUAUUUAAUGCGGCUCGAGAGGGACUAUAUCUACUGAAAUAAGCGACAAUGUAGAUGAUUUCGUACGCAUCCUCAUGUUUUUAAGACUGAAUUGAAAAAUGUGGUCCUUUGAUACAUGCUAUGACAUGAGAUGGAAGAAUGGAUUUUUUUCAGCUGGAAAGUGGAGGUACAUCGUAAGAUAAACUUGUCGAAUCGUUCAAUAGCCGAUUCUUAUCAACUUGUCUCCUAACGGGGAGGGUUAACUAUUAAUUCAGCUUGUGUAGUUGCAUUAUCACUUUUGUCCGUUUUAAUUACAGUGAAUGUCUCUUAUCCAUUUUAGCUGCGACUCUAAUAGAAUAAAGUACAUUUUUAGGAAAGAGCAGGUUGUUUACUUCAUUUAUAAAAGCGUCGGGAUGUCGUAGAAAUGUCAACUUGUCUCCAUGUGCAUUGACUUACUCGAGUCGCAUGAAAACAAUUUCUAUUGAGAUUUCGAUUUUUCUUAUUUUUUUUUUUGUAAUAAAUUUCAUCAUGAGGAAUUCUUUUUUUUGAUUAUGAAUGUAAUUUUAUUUUUUUAUGUGAACAUUUUGUGUAUGAAACAAGCAAACAGAGCACGCAUAAUAAAGACACUUGCGGAUUGCUUGAAAA